AACAACACACUUAUUCACAUUCCCAUACCAAAACAAUUUCCAUUUCACAAACCAUGCUUGCUUGCUUGCUUACUUCACCCAAUCUACUCAACUUUUCCCUCUCAUGAAAUAUCUAUGCUUCUCUUUGCUCCAUGAAACAAUGAUCACCUCCAUCUAUCUCCUUCUCCUUCUCCUUCUCUCUCUCCUCUCUUCUUCAUUACCUCUCAACUUAGAUGGCACCCUUCUCCUCUCCCUCAAAUACUCCAUUCUCAGCGACCCUUUAUCCCUUCUCUACAACUGGGACUACAACGACGCCACCCCUUGUCUCUGGACCGGCGUCGCGUGCGCCCAAGUCGUCGACCGCCUCGGCUUCCCGGAUUUCUACCGGGUCACUAGCCUCACCCUCUCCAACGCUAGUAUCGCCGGAAACAUACCGGAGGACUUGGGCUUCAUCCCGCACCUCACUACCCUAGACCUCUCCGCCAACUUCUUCAGCGGCAAUCUCCCUCGUUCGCUCUUCAAUGCUUCACGCCUCCGCGUCCUUGAUCUCUCCGGCAACGCCUUCUCCGGCUCCAUACCGGCGAUCGCGGAUGUCGCUGCUAUCUCCGUCCUCAACUUGUCCUACAACAAAUUAUCCGGAAACGUGCCGCGGAUGAGUCCUAAUCUUACUGUUGUUUCUCUCCGGAGAAAUUAUCUCUCCGGCGAGAUUCCGGUGGGGAUCGGAUCGGUUCAGGUUUUCGACAUCUCGUCGAAUUUACUCAACGGAUCGCUGCCGGUUGGGUUCGGCGGCGGGAGUUUACGCUAUCUUAAUCUCUCGUCGAAUCGGAUCGCCGGAGGUGUUCCGACGGACUUCGCGGCGAGGAUUCCGGCCAAUGCCACGAUUGACGUCUCGUUUAACCGUCUCUCCGGCGAGAUUCCGGCGACUGGGGUGCUGGUGAAUCAGAAGAAGGAGGCGUUCGCCGGGAAUGUGGAUCUCUGCGGCAAACCGGUGGAGAAACUGUGCACGGUUCCUUCCACGCUGUCGUCGCCGCCGAACGUCACGGCGGCGAAUGAUUCCUCCUCCGCUGCGGCGAUCGCCGCCAUUCCGAAGACGAUCGGGUCCUCGCCGGAGACGGAUUCCGCCGUGGGCGGGAAUCCGGCGCAGCAGCACGGACUGAAGCCGGGAGUAGUGGCGGGGAUUGCGGUUGUACCUUUAGCUGCUGUGGGAGUACUCUGCGCCCUAAUUUUAUUCAUCUACCAGAAGAGGAAAAAUGUCGCCGCCGAUAAAAUUGACGGCGGCGAGAUUCCGGCAACCGCCACAUACGAAUUCAAAAAGGAUCCAGACGUUAAAGAGACGAGAACUCUCCCGAUUUGGCCUUGCUUGACAAUUAACAACGUGCAGGAAACGUCGGAAGCCACAGUUUCAGACUGCGACGGUCAGCAACAUGAUCCGGCGAUUGAAAACCGGCAAUUGAAGAGGGAGAGGUUGCUGGUGAUGAUGGACGGAGAGACGCAGCUGGAAUCAGAGACGCUGUUUAAGGCGUCGGCGUAUGUUCUAGGAUCGAGCGGCGCCGCCAUUGUUUACAAAGCGGUGCUGCAGGACGGGACGGCGUUUGUGGUGAGGAGGAUCGGAGAGGGCGUGGGGAAGGUGAAGGAGUUCGAGCAACGGUUCAAGGCGGUGGCGAGGCUGCAACACCGGAAUUUGGUGAGGCUGAGAGGCUUCUAUUGGGGAGAAGACGAGAAGCUUGUCAUCUCUGAUUAUGUCUCUAAUGGAAGCUUAGCCAACGUUGGUUUCAGAAAAAUUGGGUCGUCACCAUACCAUUUACCUUUCAUGACCCGGCUCAACAUAGUGAAAGGUGUAGCUAGAGGGCUAACUUACAUCCAUGACAAGAAAAGUGUGCAUGGCAACAUAAAGCCUAGCAACAUUCUCUUGACAACUGACAUGGAGCCCGUAAUAAGUGAUUUCGGGCUCCAUGGCCUCAUCUACGGGAAGCAAGCCCGAAAGUUCGAUGGCCCAGUCCAACACUUUGGAAGUAGGAGAUCGACCACGUUACAAAUUGAUCCACACGAAACAGGGAGCCCCUAUAAGGGGCCAGCCGUGUUUGUGGGAUGCACAUCCCCUUAUCAUGCACCCGAGUCCCUUAACAACCUCAAGCCCAACCCGAAGUGGGAUGUUUACUCUUUUGGGAUCUUGUUGCUCGAGUUGUUGACCGGGAAAGUCUUCUCGGACCGGGACUUGAGCCAGUGGACCGUUGGUUCAGUGGCUGAGAACCCGGACCGGGUCUUGAGAAUGGCUGACAUGACAAUAAGGGGUGACGUGGUGGCCCACGAGGAGGACAUGGUGGCUUGGUUCAAGCUAGGUUUUAGUUGUGCUUCAUUGGUCCCUCAAAAAAGACCUUGCAUGAGAGAUGCACUUCAUGUAUUGGAGAAAUAUCCAUGUUGUGUUAAGUGAUGAUUAUUGGAUAAAGAGAUAUAAAGGGCUCCCUCUGCUUUGGACU